CAUCUCUAUGGAUUAUUCCACUACAAUACCAUGAUGCUUGGACUUGAAUCACUUCCGGACCCCAUGGAUACCUGGGAGAUUAUAGAGACCAUUGGCAAAGGCACAUAUGGCAAGGUCUACAAGGUGACGAACAAGAAUGAUGGGAGCCUGGCUGCAGUGAAAAUUCUGGAUCCCAUCAGCGAUAUGGAUGAAGAAAUUGAGGCUGAAUACAACAUUUUGCAGAUUCUUCCUAACCAUCCCAAUGUUGUGAAGUUUUAUGGGAUGUUUUACAAAGCAGAUCGCUGUGUAGGUGGACAGCUGUGGCUCGUCCUGGAGCUGUGCAACGGAGGCUCAGUCACCGAGCUUGUCAAAGGUCUCCUCAGAUGCAGCCAGAGGUUGGACGAAGCCCUGAUCUCCUACAUCUUGUAUGGAGCCCUCUUGGGCCUCCAGCAUUUGCACAACCACCGAAUCAUCCACCGGGAUGUGAAGGGAAAUAACAUUCUUCUGACAACAGAAGGAGGAGUUAAGCUCGUUGACUUUGGUGUCUCAGCUCAACUCAGCAGCACGCGUCUCCGGAGGAAUACGUCAGUUGGUACCCCAUUCUGGAUGGCUCCUGAGGUCAUAGCUUGCGAGCAGCAGUAUGACUCUUCCUAUGACGCUCGAUGUGACGUCUGGUCCCUGGGGAUCACAGCUAUUGAACUGGGGGAUGGAGACCCUCCACUAUUUGACAUGCAUCCUGUAAAGACACUCUUCAAGAUCCCGAGAAAUCCUCCACCUACGUUACUGCAUCCGGACAAAUGGUGCAAAGAAUUCAAUGACUUCAUCUCACAGUGUCUCAUUAAAGAUUUUGAACAGCGGCCUUCCGUCACACAUCUCCUCAACCAUCCAUUUAUUGAGGGAGCUCACAGAAAGGUCUUGCUGCUGCAAAAACAGCUGGCCAAGGUGCUCCAGGACCAGAAGCAGCUCAAUCCCGCUGCUAAGACCAGGCACGAGAGGAUGCACACCAGAAGACCCUAUCGUGUGGAAGAUGCUGAAAAGUACUGCCUUGAGGAUGACUUGGUCAAUCUUGAGGUUCUGAAUGAGGAUACAAUUAUUCAUCAGUUGCAAAAACGUUAUAUAGACUCGCUGAUUUACACCUACGUUGGGGACAUUCUAAUUGCCUUGAACCCCUUCCAGAGCCUAAGCAUUUAUUCUCCACAGUUUUCCAGGCUUUAUCAUGGGGUGAAACGUGCUUCCAAUCCGCCCCACAUAUUUGCCUCGGCAGAUGCUGCUUACCAGUGCUUGGUGACUUUCAGCAAAGACCAGUGUAUUGUCAUCAGUGGAGAAAGUGGCUCGGGGAAGACAGAAAGCGCCCACCUGAUUGUUCAACAUCUAACUUUCUUGGGAAAGGCGGACAAUCAGACAUUGCGAGAGAAGAUUCUUCAAGUGAACUCUCUGGUUGAAGCCUUUGGGAACGCGUGCACUGCCAUCAAUGACAACUCCAGCCGGUUUGGGAAGUAUCUGGAAAUGAUGUUCACACCGACUGGAGCCGUGAUGGGGGCAAGAAUCUCUGAGUAUCUCCUGGAAAAGUCCAGAGUUAUAAAGCAGGCAGAGGGAGAGAAAAAUUUUCACAUAUUUUACUAUAUUUAUGCUGGUCUUUAUCACCAGAAGAAACUUUCAGAGUUGCGACUUCCUGAGGAAAAACCUCCUAAGUAUAUAGCUGAUGAAACGGGAAGAGUCAUGCAGGACAUAACUUCCAAGGAGUCUUACAGAAGACAGUUUGAAGCCAUUCAGCAUUGCUUCAGGAUUAUUGGGUUCACAGACAAGGAGGUGAACUCUGUGUACAGAAUUCUGGCUGGGAUUUUGAAUAUCGGGAACAUUGAGUUUGCAGCUAUUUCCUCUCAACACCAAACAGAUAAAAGUCAAGUGCCCAAUGCUGACGCUUUGGAGAAUGCUGCCUCAGUUCUCUGCAUCAGUCCCGAAGAGCUGCAGGAGGCCCUCACGUCCCACUGUGUGGUCACUCGAGGGGAGACCAUCGUCCGCGCCAACACGGUGGACAGGGCUGCGGAUGUCCGGGAUGCCAUGUCCAAAGCCCUGUAUGGGAGACUCUUCAGCUGGAUUGUCAAUCGCAUCAACACUCUCCUGCAGCCAGACAAAAACAUAUGUAGUGCAGACGAUGGAAUGAACGUGGGGAUCUUGGAUAUCUUUGGGUUUGAGAAUUUUCAGAGAAAUUCCUUUGAGCAGCUCUGCAUAAACAUCGCCAAUGAACAGAUCCAGUACUAUUUCAAUCAGCACGUGUUUGCCCUGGAGCAGAUGGAGUACCAGAAUGAGGGCAUUGAUGCCAUCCUUGUGGACUAUGAGGACAAUCGUCCGCUUCUGGACAUGUUCCUCCAGAAGCCCCUGGGCCUGCUUGCACUCUUAGAUGAGGAGAGUCGAUUUCCUCAGGCAACGGACCAGACCCUUGUUGAUAAAUUUGAAGACAAUCUGCGAUGCAAAUUCUUCUGGAGACCCAAAGGGGUGGAACUGUGCUUUGGCAUCCAGCACUACGCUGGAAAGGUGUUAUAUGAUGCCUCUGGAGUUCUUGAGAAAAACAGAGAUACGCUCCCUGCUGAUGUGGUUGUAAUCCUAAGAACAUCUGAAAACAAGCUUCUCCAACAACUUUUCUCAAUCCCUUUAACCAAAACAGGUAAUUUGGCCCAGACAAGAGCCAAGGUAACAGCAGCUUCAAGAUCUUUGCCUCCACAUUUCAGUGCUGGGAAAGCCAAGGUGGACACCCUUGAGGUGAUCCGGCAUCCAGAAGAAACCACCAACAUGAAGAGGCAAACCGUGGCGUCCUACUUCCGAUAUUCUCUGAUGGAUCUGCUCUCCAAAAUGGUGGUUGGACAGCCCCAUUUCGUGCGUUGCAUUAAACCCAAUGAUGAACGCAAGGCCUUGCAGUUCUCUGAAGAGAGGGUCCUGGCCCAGCUCCGCUCCACGGGGAUCCUGGAGACUGUCAGCAUCCGCAGGCAGGGCUAUUCCCACCGCAUCCUCUUCGAAGAGUUUGUGAAAAGAUAUUAUUACUUGGCAUUCAGAGCACAUCAAACACCUCCUGCCAGCAAAGAGAGCUGUGUCGCGAUCUUGGAAAAGUCCAGAUUAAAUCACUGGGUACUGGGGAAAACAAAGGUUUUUCUCAAAUAUUACCACAUAGAGCAAUUAAACUUGCUCCUUCGAGAAGUCAUAGGCAGAGUGGUUGUGCUGCAAGCAUACACCAAGGGGUGGCUCGGAGCCAGGAGAUACAAAAGAGUCAGAGAGAAGAGGCAAAAGGGUGCAGUUACCAUCCAGUCAGCUUGGAGAGGAUAUGAUGCUCGCAGGAAAUUUAAGGAAAUAAGCAACAGAAGGAGCGAGUCUGCUGUUUGCAUCCAUACAGGUAAUUAG